AUGCAAGAAGAACCAACUUCCAAAGUUGCCCUGAAUUCUGCAUGUAUUCUGUGUCACCUGUGUGCCUGCAUCACAUGCUUCUUGAGCACAGGUGAUCAGGCUGCCAAAGGAAACUACGGGCUCCUUGACCUCAUCCAAGCCCUAAGAUGGACUAGCGAGAACAUUGGGUUCUUUGGUGGGGACCCCUUGCGAAUCACUGUGUUUGGAUCAGGCGCUGGGGGUUCAUGUGUCAACCUGCUGACUUUAUCCCAUUAUUCUGAAGGACUUUUUCAACGAGCAAUAGCUCAGAGCGGAACAGCCCUUUCAAGCUGGGCUGUCAGUUUCCAGCCUGCAAAAUAUGCUAGAAUGCUGGCCACAAAGGUUGGCUGCAAUGUGUCAGAUACAGUAGAAUUAGUGGAAUGCCUGCAGAAGAAGCCUUACAAAGAACUUGUUGAUCAAGAUGUUCAACCAGCCAGAUACCACAUAGCCUUUGGACCUGUGAUCGAUGGUGAUGUAAUACCAGAUGAUCCUCAGAUACUGAUGGAACAAGGAGAGUUCCUCAACUAUGAUAUAAUGUUAGGAGUAAACCAAGGGGAAGGGUUGAAGUUUGUUGAAAAUAUAGUAGAUAGUGAUGAUGGUAUAUCAGCCAGUGAUUUUGACUUUGCUGUUUCUAAUUUUGUUGAUAAUUUAUAUGGAUAUCCUGAAGGCAAAGAUGUUUUGAGAGAAACCAUUAAAUUCAUGUAUACUGACUGGGCUGAUCGCCAUAACCCUGAAACCAGAAGGAAGACAUUGUUGGCUUUGUUUACAGACCAUCAGUGGGUAGCACCUGCUGUGGCUACAGCAGACCUUCACUCAAACUUUGGUUCACCUACAUACUUCUAUGCCUUUUAUCAUCAUUGCCAAACAGAUCAAGUUCCAGCUUGGGCUGAUGCAGCUCACGGAGAUGAGGUUCCCUAUGUGUUGGGAAUCCCCAUGAUUGGCCCUACAGAGUUGUUUCCUUGCAAUUUCUCCAAGAAUGAUGUGAUGUUGAGUGCAGUAGUAAUGACAUAUUGGACGAAUUUUGCUAAAACAGGUGACCCGAAUCAACCAGUUCCUCAAGACACAAAAUUCAUUCAUACCAAACCCAACCGAUUUGAAGAAGUAGCAUGGACCAGAUAUUCGCAGAAAGACCAACUUUAUCUCCAUAUUGGAUUAAAACCAAGAGUCAAAGAGCAUUACAGAGCCAAUAAGGUGAAUCUCUGGUUGGAGCUGGUACCUCAUCUGCAUAAUCUGAAUGACAUUUCUCAGUAUACCUCGACAACAACUAAAGUGCCAUCAACAGACAUCACUCUCAGACCUACAAGGAAGAAUUCCACACCUGUCACAUCAGCCUUUCCCACUGCCAAACAGGAUGAUCCCAAACAACAACCCAGUCCCUUCUCGGUGGACCAGAGGGACUACUCCACAGAGCUGAGUGUCACCAUUGCUGUGGGAGCAUCUCUGCUGUUUCUGAACAUCUUGGCCUUCGCAGCACUGUACUACAAGAAGGAUAAGAGGAGACAUGACGUCCACCGUAGGUGCAGCCCUCAGCGCACAGCAACCAACGACUUGACUCAUGCUCCAGAAGAAGAGAUCAUGUCCCUCCAAAUGAAGCACACUGACUUGGAGCAUGAGUGUGAGUCCAUCCAUCCCCACGAGGUGGUUCUUAGGACCUCCUGCCCCCCAGAUUAUACCCUAGCUAUGAGGAGGUCACCUGAUGAUGUUCCUUUAAUGACACCUAACACCAUCACAAUGAUUCCCAAUACUAUACCAGGGAUUCAGCCCUUACACACAUUCAACACAUUUACUGGAGGACAGAACAAUACACUGCCCCAUCCCCACCCCCACCCUCAUUCACAUUCAACAACCAGGGUAUAGCCAGAUGAGAGAAACAAACUGAUUUUUUUUUCUGAUGGAGUGCAGUAAAAGAUUAUUGAAGAUUCCUUGGCUUUCAACUUGGAAGACUCUCACUAUUUAACUAAGGAGGAAUAUUAUGUGAAUAUACAUAUCAAGAACUUGGGGGUUUUGAAAAAUGAAUUGUAUAUAGAUAUACACACAAAUCAACUUUAACAAAACAAAUUUCAAUUGCUUGAAGCAAUUGUUCUGAAUGAUACCUUUUCAUUCACAUUCAAGAAUUAAUUUGUUGAAGAUUAAGUUACAUACUGGAAUUAGGCAUGUGGAACACCAAACAGGAAAGUACUGUGUCUGAAAUACUUUAAAAAAUAAAAAAAAACAAAAGCAAAAAUAAAAUCAACUAUGAAUAUGCACAAGGGACACACCAAUGGAAUGUCAGAUAAUUUUCGUCAGUUUUCAUUUGGAGCCCUUUUAUUGUGUAGACCAUAUUUGCAUAAGUACACAGAGCACCGAUGCUGUUAAUGACAAAGGCUCAUGCUGAAAUUGCCAGUAAAAAAUAAAAGAAGUUUAAAGACUGGCAGGGUACAACAUUAUCACAUAAGUGCUGUCAGUACUAAGUCGUGGGGAUCAAGGAGACUGGAUCUUUUUAGCACGAUGUGCAUGAUAAUUUAUAUGCUUGGUGGCUGUGCUGCUGAUUAAGUCGUAAUUAAAAUUCUUCUCAUCCCAUUGGAGUUUUUAAUAGGAGCUUCCUCCAUCAAUUGGUAGAACCUAAAGAAGAUUUUAUAAGGGGCAAAAUAAUUACAAUAAAAUAAUUUGCAGUAGUUUCGAUAAUAGAGGGAAUAGUUAUUAAAGAAAAUGGAGAAUCUAUAGGUACAGUGAUGAAUACUUGCUGAUAUGAGUCCCAGAAAAUUUCCUAUGAUUUUUUAAAUUUUGUUUUCAUUCCCAUAUAAGUAAUUUAUAGAUACACAAUCUAAUUGGACAUGUGUUAGCUGUGGAUCUCUAAUUUGCUGCAGGUUUGUUACUCAGAAGGUUGUCCCUUUUGGUAAGAUAAAUUGCCACAGUUUUUCAGGGUGUAAGGAUGCCCCAAUAGUAUUGCUCUGAUUACAGUUCUCAGUUAAUUGAUUUACUCAUGUUGCAUGACAAAAUGCUUACUACUAAUAAUUCAAUAUAAAGUUCAGUCCCUCUUCACAUUGCUUCUCUUUCUCACUGAGGCUAACUUGAAUUUACUCAUGAGAUCUCAGUAGAGGACAAUAUAGGUGCAGAACCUAGGAAAGUCAACAGCUGGAGGGUUUGUCUUUCACACAUGUGCAAUUUAAAAUGAAUUAUCUAAGACCACAGGAAACUCUGAAUCCCCUGUUGUUUACCAGUAAUAUCAGUAUACCACAGACCUUUCCAAAUGUUUGUAUAUGUAAUCAGAUGUACAUUUAUAUUAAAAGAUGAGAUGGACUUAAAGAGCACAUCCUGAUAAAUGAUUUCUCUCUUAUCUGUACUAUAUUUCUAUUAGACUAAAGUUAUGUGAUUUUUUUUUACCUUUUUUCAGAUGACUAGCAAUUUUGAUAGUUUGUAAGAUAACGCGAAAAGGACUUUCUCUGACUAACUGAAGUAACAGAAACCUUUCUUUCCAGCUACCCUUUUUCAAGAAUUGAAAGCUUAUUAUACAAAAGAAAACACUUGUAUACUACUUGAUGGGAAGAACUUUGUGUAUCUAUCUCGACCACAUCAGUGGUCCUUGGGUGAAAUAAAGAUAAUCUGGAUAAUGACAAUUAGUCAAAUGCUAAGAGACAUGGUCUUUGCUCAUUAAAGAGCUAAAAUCUUUA